AUGACAUCAACAUCACAAAUCAUCAGUCCAUCACCUACUCUAGACUCGUCUCCUCAUACAUCAGACUACGUUGCCGGAAUGAUCGCUGUAGUAUCAUUCAGUACGUUAAGUAACAUCGCAUGCGUAUCGACGUUCACAUGGAUAUAUUUCCAUAGAUACGAAUACAAGAGGACCACGAUCACACCUCUAGUACUAAAUUUGCUGAUGGCUGAUUUUCUACAAAGCAUUGGAUUUAUGUUGAGUUUUCACUGGAUAUCUAUCGGAAAAAUAGUACCAGGCGCACUGUGCAGCUUUCAGGGCAUCAUCAUCAACAUUGGUGAUGUUGCUUCUGGUUUCUGGGCACUAGCAAUAUGUGUUCAAACUUUCAUAUAUGUCGUCGCCAACCUUGACUAUUCCAAAUUUGCCAUCAUCAGCAUGAUCAUAAUCUGGCCUUGCAAUAUCUUCCUCGCAACUGCCGGUCUAUUCAUUUCCACUUCUUCCAAGCCAUUCUACAAUAGUGCUGGUGGCGCAUGGUGUUGGAUCUCAGCAAAUUAUUCGACAUACAGGAUCACAUUCCAUUAUGGCAUUAUACUCUGUGUGGCAGCAUUGAUGUUUGUUUUAUAUGCAAUAAUAUAUGCAAGCUUGUUCUGGAGACGAAGGGCGUUGUCACAAGCAAUCGGAAGACAGAACGCACCACUGAGGUUAAAGAACGUUGCAAACAAAUUGGUGUGGUACCCUAUUGUAUAUAUUCUAUUAGUCUUUCCUUUGGCUUUGCAACGACUUGUAACACUUGGCGGUGCAGAAUGGCCAUUCGGAUAUCUAAUUUCUGCAGCUUGUAUCUUCACAUCUGCAGGCUUCGCAAAUUCGGUGAUCUACGGCGUAACACGAAAUUUCAUCUCCCUCCAACCAAUUACUUCUCGUCUUAAAAAUAUCUUUGGUUCUCGGUGUAUGUCUGAAUCCAUGAUGUCAGAUGGCGAGGAUUCGUUUACAGCGGAGAAUCUGUAUCAGUGCACGGAUAAAGUGUUAAAUAUCAAAGUAAUAGAAGAAACGGACGAGGGAGGGAGAGGAAAACAGUGUGAGACAAUGGCAAACCGAGACAUUUCAUAUUCGGAAGAUGCAGAUGAGACAAUUGAAGAGGAUUCAAGCACUUGUGAUAAACGCAGUCGGGAAAAAAAGGAACGAGAAAAAGAUGUUAAAGUGCGUAACAACAUUAAUAUUGAAUUUGAUAAUGAUGACGUGUCUAUAGAUCAGUGUGGUAUAAUUCCAAACAUUAUACAGAAUAGUGCUAGUAGUUGGAAGCUUCUGGAACAGUUUGUCGUAAAUUUUGGGAAGCGGAAUAGUAGUACACUGAACGUUGAAGUGUAA